AUGGAUUCAGACGAUCUUACGGCGUCCCAUUGGGAUGACAUUCUCGCGCCCCGUGAAAACGAGUUUAACGGUUUUGGCAGCACGUAUGUGCCUCCACCAGUCACGAAUGGUUUUAGUGACUUAAUUGAUAGUCCUUUUGGGGCAAGAAAGGACAGCGAGAGCGACGAAGAUGAAGACAACGAAAAUGAAAAUGGCGAAAACGACGAAGAAAACGACCACCCGGAGCUCGAACACGGGUCCCCAAGUCUCCAGGGUUAUUCCAGUAUCGCAAAUCUUCAGCAAGAGCAACUCAAUGAUAUUCGUCACACCCAGAGGUCGGAACAAACCAGCCACUUGAUAUCGAAAUUGACCCAGGAUCUUAAGGAAUCCAGCCUAGAGGCUCCCGAGGUCACGUCUCCCACAAGAAUCGAUCCUAGAGAGUCUUUGUUUGCCGAUAAAGGCAGUCCUCUUCGCCUCAAAACGUCGUCUGACUCGCCCACACAACCGCCGCUGGCGUCUCAUCUUUCGCCCCGGCGCAGCUCCGAGAUCAAACAGGGCCACAGGUUGUUUAGCGCUCCGCGACCUCGCAAGUACAGCAGCAAGCUCGUGGCCAAGCAUUUGGCGGAAAAUUCCGACGAAGAAAGAGAACCAGCUCUGGCGGAUCCAUUGCGGGCCACUGACGAUAAUAACGAAAAAGACGCCUCAUUCGGUCAAGUCGAACUCACGGGCGGAAGCCUUGGUCCAGGAGGCAGAUGCUCCGUUGUACGAUGUGGCCCAUACGCCAUUGUCGCCCGCCAAACCGCAAGUUUCGCCAACCGGACAAAAGCCAUCUUCCAAAAAAGAAUCACCAGAACCGACGCUAAAUAUCACCGUGGGGGACCCUAUGAAAGUUGGUGA